UUGAUGUUUAUGGAAUAGUUCCCUAUGAGAAAGCAACAAGGACGCAGCAAAUAUUUUGUGCCAAAAAAUAAAAGUUUGUUACGACUGUACACGAUGAAUUAUAAAGAUCGUUUCUUAAUCAACCAGAAUGUAGAAAAGCUUGUGAAUUACACGAACUACAAGCAAUUAAGUUUUGAAUGUAUACAACAAAAGAUGCUAUCGCCGACGAUGGUAUCGCGUAUCGAGGGUAUUGCUCAGGAUGAAGUUACGCGACAUAAAAAACUAUUUGAAAAAAUUACCAAACGCGGUCCAAAAGCAUUUGACACGUUGCUGGCUAUAUGCCAGCAAGCUUUUCCUACAGCUUACUUGAUUCUGAAGCCCAACUCCAACGACAAUCAAAUGCAUUCCACUCACAAUCCUCAGCGUGUACGAUCUGUGAGUUGCAAUGUGGCACCAAAAGUGUACUCCCUUCGCAGUCCAGGCGAUGUAGAUGAUGGUAAAAACAACAACCUUGCUUCGAACGCGCUGGUCGAAGAAAGCAAAUGCAUUUUGCAAGUCUAUCCAGACAUACUGCCAACUACGUUCUCCGUUAAGCUCUCUACAAGGCCAGCGGAAACACAUCCAAAAGUACCGGCUUACCCGAUGAAAGGGCGUAAUCGUGGAGUGGCGUUUAUUGUAAACGUCAUUACGUUUUUGAAAAAAGUUCAUCCUACACGAAACGGAGCAGAUAUCGAUGGGAGGAAUUUGAUUUCCGUCUUCCAGCAGCUGGGAUUUGUGGUUUUUUACUACGAGGAUAUCACAAUGGGCGAUUUGAAAGAGCUGUUGGCACAGUUGAAGGAAUCCGAACAUUUGUCUUGCGAUUGCUUUGCUUUCUACAUUCUAUCCCAUGGUGACCAUCGGAAGGGCAGCGAUUACAUCUUUUUGCACGAUAAUUCGUUACUGCGUGUUGAGGAUCUGUUGACCGAAUUUAAUUCCGUCAAUUGCAAAAGAUUGGUCCACAAACCGAAAUUAUUUUUUAUUUCAAUCUGCCGUGGUGUGCAAUCCGAUCUAGGAGCGUACCGCUUAUCGACGAACACCGAGCGCGAUGGAAUGAUUGAUCCGGGGAAACCUUUGCCAUCAAAUAUUGCCACCUACUGUGACAUGCUUGUGUGCUAUGCAACCGUGCCAGGCUUUGCAGCACAUCGAGAUACAAAUACAGGGUCGUGGUUUGUGGAAAGUAUGUGCAAAAUAUGGUCCGAACAUGCACAUGAUACUGAUGUUGAAAUCCUAAUGAAACUCGUUGGUGAAUAUGCUUCAUCUUAUCGUACUGAACAUUCUGCUUUGCAAACAAUCUGCACCGAACAGAGAGGAUUUUUCAAACAGCUAUUUUUGAAUCCUGGGUAUUAUGAAAAUCCAGUCGAACUGUGACUCGAUUUAUCAUUCGAACACAACUAUUUAAACAAUUUAUUAAUCAAUUAUUAUAUUCACUUAUCUCAGUAAAAUUACUUCUUUUUGAU